CGACCAAACCAUAAAAACUCCUAUAGCUCGUACUCCUACAUCGUAGCCACCGCGCCUCCCAUGGAGUGAGUACUAGUAGCAGGUAGAAACGCCACGAUAACCUCGGCCUCGGGGCAAACCAAAUCCGCCGCGCUGAGCCGAGCGUGUAUUUAGCAGGCGAUCUCUCUCCUCCUCCUUCUCCCACUCUCCCCAGCUCAGCCGCUCCGCCCACCGCCACCACCGUCGCUGCCCGCUGCUCGCUGCAUCUCCCAACCGACAACCCGCAGCUCACCUGUACGUGCUCUCGCGUCGAUCCAAACAAGCUCCAAAAACAUCAAAAACCCCACGCACAUUUCUUUACUCGCCCGGAGAAGCUACCGCGCGCUUGCUACCUCUCGCGUCUCCGUCUCUGCGUUGCAUUGCAUUGCAUUGCUCGUUCUGUCAUCGGAUCCGAGUCUGGGAUGGCGGCAAUGGCGGGAGGGAGUAAGCCGCUGAGGCUCAAGGACCUCCUGGAGCUGGACUGCGAGUCCUGCAGCGCCGCUGGCUUCCGCUGCUACCCUCGCCGCCUCUGCGUCGCCGGCGGCGCGGCUGAGGCGGCGGCGCCGCCAAUGCGGCACCGCCUCGUCGCCGACCGGUCGUCGUCCGCAAUGCGGCGGCCCAAGCUGUCCAGCCUCUCGAAGAGCCUGUCCCGGCGGCUCAGGGGAGGCUUCUGGAGGCGGCGCGAGGAAGAAGACGAGGAAGCCGCCGCCGCCGCCGCGGCGCCGCCGGCGACGGCGAGCUCCACCGCCCCCGCCGUGGCCAGCUGCUGCAGCUCCAGCUCCGACUCCGAGACGUCCGAGUCCAGCAAUUCCACAGGCGGGAGGAAGUCGCGCUCCCACUCCGACUACUCAGAAAUCUCGUCAGCCAGCUCCGACGACAGCCUCCACGCCGCCGGCGAGCCCUCCACCACCGGAGCCGACCACGAGGUGAUGAAGAGGGGAUCCAAGGAGGAGGAUGAGGAGGAGGAGGCUGACGACAAGGAGCAGCUCAGUCCGGUGGGCGUCAUGGACUUCCCCUUCGACGAAGACGACGACGACGCCGCCGCCGUCGACGAGGACGAGAGGGUCGCCGCCGGCGCGUGCUCGUUCUCUUUCAGCGACAGCCUCGCCCAGCUCCAGAGGAGAAAGAUGCAACUGCAGCCCAAGAUCCGACGGCUCGGGAGCAUGGCGGAGCUCAGCGGCGUGGAUCUCGAGGCACGCUUCGCCGCCUCGGAGUCCGACCGCCUUGCCGGCAUCGUCCCAGUACAGCACCAGUGCAUUACCGACGACGUAGCGGCGGCGCCGCCACGACACGACGAUCAUCGGAACGACGGCGUCUCCCAAAAAGAUCCCGACGACGACGAGGACAGCCUCCUAGACCUACUGGCGGACACCGUGUCGGUCGGCGUGGUGGAUGACGUCACCGAGAGGCUCCUCCUCGACUUCUUCGUCGAGGCGAAGUGCAGCUCCAGAAAUAUUGAGUUGCAUGCACCGACCAGUCUGUUACGAGAGAGGAGACGGCGAGAGAACGGCGAAACGAUGAGACUUGCCAAGGCCUGGCUUGAGGGCACGGGAACACCGUGGACGUUGAACGACGUGCUGUACCACGGCGAGGAUGUCAUGGCGGAGAUGGAGCGGAGCCGGCGGUGGAUGCACGCCGGCGAGGAGGAGCGCGAGGCCGGCGUGGUGGUGGCGGCCAUGGCGAUGGACGAGCUGUUGCACGAGCUGGUGAGUGACCUGAUUGCGUUGCCGAAGUAGUUCUUUGUUUGGAUGUCAAAGUUGUCAAAUCGAGUGUAAUGUAAACGUGAGAUAGAACAGAUUCAGUGAAGGUUGAUAUAGGGGGGUAGUGAGUUAGGGGCAGUGGAAUAAAGCAGAUGCAUCUGUAUAUAGUUUUGUCAGAGUGGCAAUGGAAACAAGAAGAUUACUGUUCUGUUUGGAUGUAAAUGUACACUCUACAGGUCAUCAACCUAAGGCCAAUUAGACUGCACUUAACCCGGGUAA